GCUACUUGGUAUUAACAGCUGUUCGUGUUACUUGACCAAGUAACACGCCCAAUGUACCAACUCGCGCUUCGUCAACUUUCGAUGAAAGAAAGUUACGAAAGUCCGAAAGACUUAAACUUCUAUUCGUGAUCGAUAAACAAGUUACAUUAGUAUACAAAUUACCAUAAACUUAAAUAAUUUAUAAAUUAAUAGCUUACACGCUAUUAAUUACAAAUAUGACUUGUACGGGGGUUUCAAACCCAUCGAUGUUAUAAUAAAAAUUAAAACUGGGAAAGUGUCAUUUCUUCCCGUCUUCUACUUUCUUCUUGUCCUCGUCAGUCUUCCGCUCGAUUACUAAAAUUUCUGGGCCCUGUUUACAAUAAAAUAACUGAUGGGGUGGAAACGUCAACCGAAUCACAGGAUGAUUCUUCAAGAGACGAUCAAUUGGUCACAGAGUGUAAAUGGGGAUUGAUUUAAAUCAAUUAAGUGCUGAGUUAAAGUGAAAUCGAACAAGUGAUUGAACGAAUAAAUAUAUAAUUAUAUAAAUACAUUAUAUUAUUUAUAUUAUUAUUGUUUUAACCAAUGACAGUUUAAGUAUUUAACUUCUUAACGAUACUCUGGAGAAAUUAGGAAGUAGAAAGUCAAAAUUCUGUGGAUUUAUUUAAUAAAAGGUCACGAGUUGCCCGUAGCCAUGAACCUCGCGCUGCAUAGACUCCUGCUGCAGGUUAUCCUGUUGAUCCUUCAGUUACAUCAUGGCUUCCGAUUGUGCAGCGCGGGGGAACCUGGCUACUUGGAUUUUGAUAAUUUGCCGGAGACGAAUUUUUCAUGCCAGGGAAAAGUUAUCGGUGGUUAUUACGCAGACGUUGAGGCAGAAUGUCAAAUGUUUCAUGUCUGUACCAUUGGUCAAAAAGACGUGGUUACAGAUGAGAUAAUGGACAUAAAGUUCCUCUGCCUGAAUGGUACAGUGUUCGAUCAGGAAACGAGGGUCUGCGAACGAGUGGACGAGGUCGACUGCAGCAAGAGUGAACGCUUCUACAACCUCAAUCUCGAACUUUACGGCAACAAUGCCGUGACACUCAGUCUGCACGAGGGCGAAGAUGAGAAUGAAGAAACGCCGGUCGUAAUUGAGGAUCACCAAGUCGGUGUAACAGCCUCUUCACAAUCGAGUACAAGUACUACGAGCACGACGACCCAGCGAGCAAUAAUCUCAUCUACGACCGCUGCCAGCGGAUCUUAUCAGCAUCCGAGUGGUUAUCCGCAGCACUAUCAGCCACAACCACCAUUCCCGUCCCUUCAAACUAGUCAAUCAAAGUCCCUAUAUGAUGACAAGAACGGCGGUUAUCAUCGUCAGUACAUUUAUCACAUUGGCAAUGAGCCUAAUGUCAAUGUCAACAAUAAUAACAAUAAUAAUAAUCAUCAUAAUAACCACAAUAACAACAACAACAAUAAUAAUAAUAACCACAAUAAUAAUAAUCAUAAUAAUGAUAAUAACAACAACAAUAAUAAUAAUAAUAAUAAUAAUAAUAAUAAUAAUAAUAAUAAUAAUAAUAAUAAUAAUAAUAACAAUAAUAAUAAUCGUGCGACAUCGUACCAAUUAUUUAGUAAUCAAGGAGCAAGCUCAACUACUGGAGCUCCUCAGGUUCACCAGAUCCACUACAGCUCAACAUCCCAUUCCCAAGUAAACAUCGGCGGCAAUGAUGCGUCGCCAGUGCCCUCAAUCUUCCAUCCAACUUCUUCAACGAUCCAAACCCUGUUGAACGGAAACUCAAACAAUCCGACACUCAUAAAUCCUAUUUUUCAUAACAACGGAAUUGUUAGCAGCACUGAACACUACACAGUGCACAAUACUAACGCACGUGAAACAGUGGAUUAUCAGACAGAAAUGAAUAAUCAGAAUGACGAUGAUGAACAUGAUGAAUCAAAUAUAAAUAACAAUGGUAAUAAUGGUGAUAGUGAUGGUAAUCAAGAUCGAAGAUACCUUGAGCCAAUAGAAUCGUCAAAUCAAGGAGAAAUAUCUAAAUUGACGGCAUCGAAUGGCCCUUCAUCACACGAUGAGAGAAUUAAGCAGUCGAAAAUUACUCAAACUGUUACUCAAUCUCAAUUAUUGCAGCAACAGCAUCACCAUCAAAAUCAAAACCAACAUCAACAUCAAAAUCAACACCAAAAUCAACAUCAAAAUCAACACCAACAUCAACUUCAACAUCAACACCAGCACAGUAGGAUACCAACGGGUUUUUUGACUCUUGCACAAAUGAAUAGCGGCGGCGCACCGCGUCCGUUCUAUCCACCGCCAAAAUCCACCACCAAAUCACAGUCACAGCCAACUCAUGUGACACAACACAUUCACAUACCGCCAAUACCACCAAUACCGCAAUUAAAACCACAUCAGGUGACAAUUAACUUGCCUCCACCGGAUAUACAGAGAAUCGUGUCACAAAAUCCGUCACCGCUGCUACCUUCACAAUCGCGAGUUAUCGUCACUGCCAAGGCUAGUGUCAGUGAUGAAUCCGGACGACCGCUAAACUCAACGCAGCUUGUCACUCUUCCGUUGCCUACUAUACCCGCUAGUUAUGAUGACUACAAAGAAGGCGACGAGUCUUUUGAUCCUUUCUAUCGGGAUGUCCCGAAAAUUCGCAAUACCAGACGUUCAUACUCAGCGUGGGAAUUAAUGCGUGACUAUAGACGACUUAAAAGGUCAACUGAUGAUGUAAAAAUUCCGGCGCCAGUGAGUUAUGAUGAUGAAUAUGCUGAUGUAAGUGAAAAUAAUGAUACGAAAUUAAUAGACAGUCAGGUUGUUGAUACUAAAGAUUAUUUAAAUGAUGAUGGUGAUGAUGAUGAUAAUAAUAAUAAUUAUAAUUACAAUUUCGAUGAUGGUUUUAAAGUUGAAGAAGAAAAGGAACAAGUUGCUAAUGAUGAGAUUGAGGAUGAUGGACAUGAAGAGCUUCCGGUAUCUGAGGAACAGGUUGAAUUAUUUAAUGAUAAAAAAAACGUUUCUCGAGUUAGUGUUGAGUUAAACAAGACAACAGAUUAUCUUAAUGAAAGUGAAGAGAUUGAAGUAGAGGACGAGGAGUAUAUUGAUUCGAAUGAAUAUUCUCAAGUUCCGGCGACUGAGUACAGCGACAUGUUGAUGGAUGAGAAGAAUUAUGAGCUGUCGAAUAUUACAGAAUUAAUAGCAACUGAGAUAAAUAAUUCAACGGAGAUAAUUAUUACAACAGACGAUCCUACGACUAUUCAGCCUUCUGAUGUUACUUUGGUUAAUGAUUACAAGAGCGAGGAGAAGACUGAUGGAGUUUUGAAAUUCACUGAUGAAAUUCCUCCAUCGGGCGAUGAUAAUAAUGAUGAUGACAAAGGAGGUUUGGAUAAAGUUGAACAAGUCAUCGAGUCUGUACCGGUACCUUCAAUGCCAAUUGAUUAUGUAGACGAUAAUUACGAGCCUCAGCAUUAUCAUGAUGAAAAUAUUUCACUUUCUAUUGAAGAUGAAAUUAAAAUAUUCCUAGAAAAUAGUUCUGUUAGUACAGAUGAUAAUUUUGAUGAAAUUGAUGAUAAUUUCAGUACUGAAAUGUUCAUUUCUUCAACAACACCCGAUACAACUUCAAUAACACCCGAUACAACUUCAAUAACGCCCGAUACAACCUCAACAACAACAACUUCUACAACUAUAUCACCCAGUACUACGACAUCUACUUCAACACCUAGUACAACUUCUACAUCUACUACAACUACAACUACAUCUACUACAGUACCCAGUACAUCUACAACUUUAACGACAUCUAGUACAACAACAACAACAACACCAACAACAACAACAACAACAACUAGCAGUACUUCAAAACCUCCUAAAACAUUAUUUAAACCAUAUACAACAAGAAAAAAUUACAAUUACAUACCACCGACAACAACACCAGUACCAGUGGUAAUAAAAACACGUCUACCAUUAUUAAAUCCAAAACCAGCAAAGCCACCAAAGUCUUACAAUGAAAUCGCACCGAAACCUGUAAUCAGAAAAGUUCCUUUAUCGGCAAAACGAGUAACAACUCAACGUAAUAUUGAAAUUGAGUCUACAACUAAUUUUAUUGAUCAUAAUUUAUCUGAUACUGCCGAAUCUAAACCCAUAAUUUUUUCUUCUUCUUCUUCUUCUCCUCUUUCUUCUACUACUACAACUUCUGCAACGACAUUGCUUACAACCACGACAAUGGAGUCUCCACAAACUAGUGAAAUUAACCAGACAAAUGAAUCGACAAGCACCCAAAUGUCAACGGAAGUGCAAAUGUCAAAUGAACAAGCAGACGUUUUGGUGACACCAUCGUCAGCACAAGACACAGAAACUAAAAUAGAGGACCCAGCGACUUACACAUCAACUUUGCCGCCUGCUGAGUUAAUGAACAGGAAAUUUAACGUCAUUCGCAAACCCAUUGAUACUUUUAAUUGUUUGAAUGUAGAGUUGUAUCGUUUUUACGCAGACAAAAGAGACUGCCGAUUAUUUCAUUACUGCUCGCCGGGCUUUACAUCGAGGCAGGUCCUCGACUUUAGAUUUGUCUGCGAAGAAGGCACGAUUUUUGAUGAACAAACCCAGAGCUGCGUUUAUCAACUAGAAAAUUCAAAGUGCCGUAAAAAAAUUUGGUGAUUGGAUUUAAUUAUUUUUUUUUAGUUUUGAUGAGCGCUCUCUCUCUCUCUCUCUUUCCAUUCUACAAAACUCAUUGAUUUUGAUAAUUAGUGAAUCCUUAUAGAUUAAAUGGAUAUUUAUACACAUUAAGGACAUUCUCAGACAGCCCCUCCCCCCUCAAUUUAAAAAAAAAAUUCAAUGACUCAAUUCUAAUGACCGUAUUAAAAUUUGAUAAUUAAUUAAAAAAAAAGUUAAAUCAUUAAUUGAAAAAAGAACAACGCAGUUACAAUUUCGCUGAUAUAUAGAUUUUGAAAAAAAAUUACUCACAGUUGUUAUCAAUUAGGAGUUAAACGAAAUCUUGUAAAUUAUAAAUAAAUCCUAAUUGUUAUCAACUGUAAAUAAUUCUUUUAAAAUCUAUGUCUCGGCAAAAUUGUAACUGCGUUGUUCUUUUUUUAAAUUAAGGCCAUUUUAAGACAAUGCCCCUCACUUGAUAAAAAUUUUCAAUGACUCAAUUGUCUUAAGCGUGUCAAAAUUUUAUCAAUUAAUUAAAAAAAAUUAAAGCAUUAAUUUAAAAAAAGACAACGAAGGAGUAAUUUCGCCGAGAUAUAGAAUUUAAAAAAAAUUGCUUACACCUGAUAUCAAUUAGGAGUUGAACAAAAUUUAGAAACCAAAUUUCAGUAAAAUCUUCAUGUCAAUUUUAUAAUUAGAAUAUUCAAAUUUUUUAGACUAAAAUUUUUUCAAAAAAUUUCAUUCAACUUUUAAUUGGAAACAACUGUAAUAAAUUAUUUUUUAAAUUCUAUCGGCGAAAUUACUACUACGUUGUCGUUUUUUAAUUAAUUAAUAAAAUUUUAAUUUUAAAAAUGGCGGGUACUGUUUGAGAAUCCUCCUGAUGCUUUAAAAUUUUUUUAAUUAAUUAUCAAAAUUUUAAAACGGUCAUCAAAAUUGAAAGUCAUUAAAUAUUAAAAAAAAAAGGAGCACUGUCUGAGAAUGGCCUUAAUUAUUUUAAAACAAUUAGAUGAGAUUAAAAAAAAAUAUUAUUAUUAUUAUCAGUAGUUUUUACAAUAUUAUUUUAUAAUUUUAUAUUAAUUUUAAGUAGUUAAAUAUUUGCCAUAACUUGAAUGUGUAUGUGUGCAUACAUGCAAGUUUAAAUAAUAAAUAUGUAUGAUUAGUUAGAUUUUUGAAUGCGAGGAUUCACACUUAUUAAAAUUAAUAUCGUUUGUUGAAUGGAUU